AUGGCGCCCGGUCGGGCCCUCUUCGCGGCCCUCGCGGCCCUCGUCGGGCUCUCCCUCUUCCUGACCGUCGCCGCAGUCCCGCGCGCGGACUUCUUCGAGACGGACAGCGCCAACGGCGGCACGAGCCUCUUCCCCGGCGACGACACCUUCCUCCCGGCCUCCCUCGGCGGCAACGCGUUCACCUUCAUGGGCGGCGUUUACGACCGCUUGUUUGUCAACACCAACGGCUGCCUCUCCUUCAACUUCCCGGUCGAGACGUACAACGUCGAGGCCUUCCCCUGGGUCCACGUGCCCGUCAUCGCGCCCUUCUGGGCCGACGUCGACACUCUCGGCAUGGACCCGAACGACGGCCUGUUCCGCAAACGCGGCACGGUGUCGUUUCGGACCAUCACCGACCGCGCCGAGCUCGACCGCGCGGCCGCGAUCGUCGAGCGCGCGGUCCCCGGCGCGAACUUCCAGUCCGACUGGGCCUUCGCCGCCACGUGGGACGCCGUGGGGUACUUUGGCAUGACUCCGCUCAACCAAAAGUAUAACACCUUCCAGGUCAUCAUCUCCUCGGACGCCGCCGGGCGCUCGUACGCCAUCUUCCAGUUCCUCGACGACGGCAUCAACUGGACGACCGGCACCUCCGGGUUCGGCCCCGACGGCUCUUGGCCGCCCCCGCGCGACGGCCUGGGCGGCGUGCCCGCAAACGUGGGCUUCGACGCCGGCAACCGCCAGAACUUCUACUCGGACCCCUUCGCGCGCACGCCGGACGUGGUCGACAUCGAGACGCGCAGCGUGCCCGCGCACAUCGCGCCGGGGCAGAUGGUGUUCCUGGUCUCGGCAGAGGACAUCGAGGUUCCGCCUGACGUGGAUCCGAUCAGUCUGACGAUGCAGUGCAAGGACGUCACGCUCGACGUGGCCGACGGGGCGAGCGCGUGCGCGUCGCGCACGAUCACGGCUGCGGACGUCAACGGCGGCAGUGCAUAUACGGGGCCUGGAACGCUCGCGCUGAGCCUGGACGCGGCGGGGCCGUUCCCGGUCGGCACGACGCAGGUGACGCUGACCGGGGACGACGGGCAGGGCACGACCGGGUCGUGCGUCGCGACGGUGACGGUCGUUCCGCCGCCCCCGACGUGCCGCCCUGAGAUGACGGUGCCUGCCGUGCGAGCGUGCGCGGCGGAGCAGCUCGCUCCCGCGGACGUCUACACCGGCAUCUGCGACGACGCGCUGGACCUCUCGCUCGACAACGCCGGCCCGCUCCCUCUCGGCGUGCACGACGUCACGCUCACGGCGCGCGGGCCCGACGACGCCGUGGUCGGCUCGUGCUCCACGGUGGUGACGGUCGUGGACGACGAGGAGCUCGACAGCAGCAAGAUCACGUGCGGCGUCGGCGAGGCCGCGACGGUCUUCCCGCGCGGCGGCCCGGUCAGCUUCACGGCGUCCUACCACGGCGGCGACGAGUCGCGCGAGGCCGGUACGAAGCAGAACGGGUGCCCCGUGACGGUGCGCGCCGCGCCCGUGGGCGAGGACGCGACGUGCCAGCGCUGCAACGGCCGGGGCAAGGUCGUGACCCCGCACUGCGCGGUGGCGGCGGUGGAGGGCGCGAAGAUGGUCGACGUUUUGGUGUCGGGCGGCGUGGACAACCACAUCUCGUGGGAGGUGGUUGUGUCUGACGGAGCCGGCCGGGAGGUGUCGGGGCACUGCGGGGUGUGUGUGCGGCACCCGCGGUACCCGAACAAGGCCUGCACGAUUGAGUGGACGCCGGGACUGCCGCUCGACGGGCGCGGGCUCCUGAGUUCGGCGCACGGCAGGGGUCGGGCUAAGAUGCUGAUGCAGUGA